GCCUCGAGCUUCGGGCUUCGGGAGCGGCUGGUGGGAGAGAGCCGGAGCCUCGAGUCUGGAGCCGGCAUGCGGAGCCCCCAGCGGCUGCCCGAGCCCUUGGGCGGUUGGGCUGAGCCGAGCCGCCCGCGGGGCUGCGGCCUCUUCCCCUUCCUGAGGAAGGCGGCCGGGGUGGCGGCCCAUGUGAGCGCGGUGGCACUGAGCGCCUACAUGGGGACACUGAGCCGGCUGGGGACCAGUCGCUUCUCCUGGCACCCAGCCUGCAUGGUUAUCGCGGUUUGUUUCUGUAUGACAGAAGCCAUUCUGACCUUCUCACUGGACAGUUCACCCUUCUUCUUUUGUUCAAUUAAAGCCAAGGUACGAAUUCACUGGAUGAUGCAGGUCUUCGCCACCAUCUUUGGCUCCAUUGGUCUUGUAUUCAUCGUCUCCAGCAAGAACAUCUCUGAGUCCCCGCACUUCACCUCGUGGCACAGCAUCCUUGGGGUAGGGACUGUGAUCGCAGUAUGUGGCCAGCUGCUGUGUGGUCUCUGCCUCCUGUUUCCAAAGUUAAUUAACACCUACUCAGUGGCCAGGCUGCGCCUUUAUCACGCCACAUGCGGUCUGCUGGCUUACCUGAUGGCCACCGCUACUGUGGAGCUGGGCCUGUGCUCGGAUUGGUUCAAAGCCCAGGUUAACGGAGUUCUGUGGUACUUUUUCUUAAUUGUUCCGCUAAUUCCAGCUCUCGUCAUCAUGAAUCAAAUCAACAAUGGUUACCUCUCCAAGAAGAAAAUAGAGAUUUAGUGUGUCAAUGUUGACCAUCAAUAAUUGCCAUGGGCUGUUUGUGCAACAUCUCUCUAAUAUGUCAAGUAAGGAUGAGCCCGAAAUCUGAUAUCGAGCUGGCAGAGUACUCAGCGAUUGAUUAGUCUGGGCAAAUAGCUUUCUCCUUUGAACAAAAGCUUUAAAAAACCUUUCGUACUUCUUGUUCUUUUUUCACCAUUAAUUUCAAAACUGGUCAGUAACAGGGGCUCGAAGCAGCACAGAAUGUGGCAAAUUGCCCUGUUCCUGCUCGCUGCAGGCUCCAAUAAUUGCAAGUAAAAUUUCUAAUGGGCACGAUUGAUUUUAAAUAAUGUGGAUAAGAUGGAUGUAAAUGUGCGCCCUUGUGUGAAAUGCUGCUGUGAAUUAAGAGGGUAACUAUAUGCUUGAUGUUUCUGGACAGUGUUAUGGAGCAAUUCAUUGACACUUUUGGUGCAAUGUCACAAGAUGUGAAUUGUGAAUUCCUGCCUAUCCCUCAUGCUCCCUGGCAGGGCAGAGGCAGGGGGAAUCCAUGGUCAACUGAUCCCUCAGUUUGUCACAAUGCACCGGCUGUCUAAGUGGAGAAAAUAUUAUUUUAAAUUCGAUAUUAUUUAAAAUCGUAAAUUGGAGCAACAUAUCUUCUGCAGAUUUAUUUUUAUAUAUUUGUAUAACUGUUAACAGUGCAAUUGAAAAUACUUUGACUAUAAUCAGAUUGGUUUUAUUACUCUGAGGGUGGGGGCUAGGUAAGCAAAGGUGUAUCUAAAAUCAUUUUUUAAGUUAUUGCAAGCUAAAUGGCACUGGGAUUUUGUUUUGGUUUCUCUGCAUCCUUAGGUAAUGAAUAAGACCUUUGAUCUGUCACUGUGUGACAGCCCAGGGUUUUUAUACUCUCUUAUCAUGCUGCUCUUCUGCAGUGUGAACUGUUUUCAAAUUUCAACUUCCAGGAUUUUUUUUUUUAAAAGUAAGACCCAUUGUUAUAAUAAGCAAAAUAAUAAAAACUUAAAAUUAAGCACCAGAAUCAGGUAGAUUCUCAGAAAGCAUCAUCAGCCAUGAUCUAACUGAAUGUUCGGCUCCUGUUCCUUUGGGUGCUGCUGUCUGUCAGCUGAAGUACAGUAUUACAAGUAUGUUCCAGCUCCAGCCCAUGAAUUCUGGAAUAUAUAAAUAUAUAUAUCUCUUUCUGCUGGAGUUAGGUUUGUUCCUGGUGCAAACUGAUGUCAUUAUGGGAACCCUAAAUGCGGAGCAUGGUGACAGUCUCGACCCAAUUUAUGAUAUGCGACAAGCUCAGCAUAGUGCAGGCGUUGAUCCUGAUUUCAUUCCCAUGUGCUUAGCUAGCCUGGAAAGUGGAAAUGCUGCAAUUGUUUGGGAAGGAGUACUUUUUGGGGGUUGGGUUGAAAAGUCAAAGACCUGAGCCUCCAUAGUACUAAGCUUAUUUGUAUGGUGAAGACCCUUGAUUUGGGUCGCUUAAGUGUGCUUGCCACUCUGUGCGCAGGUAGAAUCAUAUUCCCAUUUUUCCCCCAUUUUACCUUGUUAAUGACCAAAAUAUUCAUGAAAGUUAAACUCUGUGGUGAACGUCCCAGAUCACCAGGAAUUUUCUGCCAGUCACUAUACAAAUGAUUUUAUUUUGUACUUUGCUACUUUAAUGUUUUUGUAUUUAGCUUCAAAUGUUAAACUGGUCCCAAAGAUUGCAAUGUUGCUGUAUGUAAAGCAAAAUUGACAUCUAAACUCUAACCUGGCUUCAAAUGGGUUGCACUGGAGUUGAAUUUUGGUCUUCUAUUGUAGGUAGCUCAGUAAUUUCACGUUGAGCAGGGUUGGAGGUAGAGCCUGAAUUAACCAGCGUGACAGGAUCAUGUCCAUUUUAUUUUCCUGUAGUUUGAAGAUCUUUUAACCUGAGAGGCAGCUUCAUUCUGUUGCAGUAUCAGUUUCCUGGCACUAGAGGUUGUUGUUUCACAGUAUUUUAAAUAGAACUGAAAUAUUACUUCCAGGAGGCUUUACAGAACUAUCACUGUCUCUCAUUUUGCCCCUACAUUGUGUUAAUUUAAAAUUCACUGCAGUAUAGUCUCUUUCUGAUCUUUUCACUUUCUGAAUAACAGGGAUGCUACAAAAAUCACAGCUGCUUAAAAAUAACGUGCAGAGAAUGGACACUGAAAUAGAUCAGAUAUUUGGUCGCCCGUGGGACUGAUCUUUCACUCUCGGCAGCUAACCCGUUGUCAGAAUGUUUGUUUGCUCUGUCCCCCGUCAUCCUUACCCUAUGAUCUAAAGGUCACAUGACUGGUCCAGCUAGUGCUUGCACUGGGACCUUAUAAUCCUGGUUAAAUUUAACCUUGCAACACAACCCAAAAAUUUGCAAUAGUUUGGUUGGCAUUUGAAAUAGGCAGAUGUUUGGGUUAGGGCUCAUCCUGAGCUGUAACCUCUGCCAGUAUUUAAAUAAAUAGCCCGCUGUAGUUUCUCGUGACGAUAGAAAGCUUGUUUUCAACUUUUAUUUCCCUUAAAUUGGAACAGUACUUAAGCACAGUGAAUAAUGCGGGUGAUGUGCAUGCAUAAUGGACAUUAAAGUCUAUAACUGCACACAUCCCCUUAUUUUAAAGCCAGCUGGCCCAAUUACAAGCAUCUGUGUUAGAAGAGGUUGUAGGCAGACUAGGCUCAUAAAGACCAAUUUUUAUAAUGUGCUGUUUGAAUGCCUGGGUCUUUAGUGAAGCAAUUGAAAUGUGUUCAUUUUGAUUGCUGUGUGACCUCUGACAAUGUAGCACUUCUUCAAUAGGCCACCAGCUUGUCAGGCUAGAUUAUGCAAUGUGCACUUUCUGUUCAGUUCGUAAAAUGGCAAGAAUUACAAAUGAGAAAGGUCAUUUAGCCCAUUUUAAUCCAUUCAUCCUAAUGGCCCCAAAUGUUCCCCCCCUCUCACCCCUGUUGUAGCAUACAGUUGCACUGUAAAUGGUUCCAGCAUUUUCACCUGCACCUCUAUUUGCAAGUUGAUAUGAGCAGAAGUAUGAUUUGAAUAUUAACGCAAAGUUCAAACUCCCCUCCCACUGGGCUUACUGCUAACUCAAAAUCUAGUGAGUCACUCAGCUUGUAUGACUUAUUCUAUUUCAAGAUGCCUGUAAGAUAACAAUUUGUAAUUUUUUUUCUAAAUUUCCAGCCUGUCAUUUUCCCAGCCACCUGCUUAUUCCUCUAAACACUCUUCAGUGAAUAGUUGAGCCGUACAAACCAGGGAGGCAACUGGGUUCAAUCCCUGCUCUGUGCUAAGUAGCCUGAUUCCCAGCUCCAGUGAUCAUUUGAAGCAGCCACAGUCAGGCCAGGAUUCCCAUACCUUGUCCCUGCAGAGAGAGCACGUGUGUGUUUGUUAGGUGAAAACAGAAUCAAGGUCCACUGUGAUGUCAUUUAUGAUCAAGUAGCCCACCUGACCUGAACCCUCGAUGUGGGAGUUUUGAGAAAUAUGAGCUAUGCACUUGCAGCUAUUUUGCUUCAGCACCCUGGAGGCAAUAGGACAGACUGCUACCCAGGUCCCUUCUUAAUGUGUGAUGCCAAGCCAAUUAGGAGUGAAAUCAGGAGGCAUUUUUCCACAAAGGAUGGUGGAAAUCCACGACACUUUUCCCCAAAAAGCUUGGGUGCUAGGGGGACAUGUCAGAGGGGGUGUGGGUGGUACAUCCAGUGCAAGUAUUCAAGACUCAGGUCGAUUGAAUUUUGUUAGGGCAGAGGUAUGAUGAAAAUGAUUCCUAAUUUUUUAAAUCGAAUGCCAAUUUACAGUCAAUAAUUGUUUUUAUGUAUUAAAAAUAAAACAGGUUCACAGUUUGUGAUGACUUGUAAACUGGACAGUUGUCAAGGAAUCACCUCUGAACUGCCAGCAUUAGUUGCCCUUGAGGAAGUAGCUAAGUGAAUUCAGCACUGUUAAGGGUGUAACUGUAAAUGUGAAAGGAUUGAGAACACUUUAUAUUGUGCUACUGGCUGAUUUGUAUUCUCCACACUUGGGUUAAUUACCUAUAAAUUAUUUCAAUGCUACAUUUUCUUUGUAUACCAAGAGGAGGAGUGGGCCAUUCAGCCCCUUAGGUCUGUUUUGGCAUUCAAUUGAAUGCUUUGAAGUGUGCUUUGUAAUUGGGAUAGGGAACAGGUGGUCACCCAGCUCCCCUCAGUCACAAGUGUGAAUGGAAACCAUGCCUCAGGGUGAGCUUUACUCUUGAAUUAUAUACUGUGCUGAUUCUAUCAGCAAAAGCCAUUUUGCCGAAUUCUGUUUAGCCCUGUCAGACUCCCAUUGAGUGUUUUAAAUUUAAUCCUUUCAGCUGCUUUCCUUCUAACCCUUGUGCCAUUGAUCGAUAACACUUAUUAUCUCUUGUGUUUGUCGUGACCAGGGAAUAGAUGGUGCAAUCUUCGCAAUGUCAUGAUCACCAUGCAGUCUGCAGCCUUGGAAAAUACAGAAUGCAAUUUCCCCUUUUCUAUUAGUUUUAUCUCUGUUUUGUUAGAGAAUAGAAACCUGGGAACCUUGUUUAAACUGUGAUAUGUAUAAUACUUUUCUCUUAAAGAAUGAUUUUAUCUCUGAUUCUUAUAUCAUACUAAGAUCUGUAGCAGCAGCUCUUUUUUUGGCUCUCUCCCUGCUGUUAGCACACUACCAGCCUAAGCAAUCUUGAUUUUCCAGGUCUUAAUGCAAUUUUAAAUCAGUUUUUGAUUCAAACUUUUGAAAUAGUCGGAAGGUUUUUAUUUUCAGGAAAAUUAGUGAGCUAGGAAAGGAAGGCAGAAGAUCGGGGCAAGGGAAUGGCAAAAUAUUUGAGCUAGACCUACUGUAACACUUUGGUUAGCCAUCUGUUAUAUCUAACACAUUUAAAUAUCUCACUCUGCAGUAAAGAAUGAUUUUGUUGUGAAAUAAUAUGAACACAAGUAGUGGUCCACUGUACGAACCAUAUCCACCAUAUACAAAAGCAAAACACUGCAGAUGUUGGAAAUAUUGAAAUAAAAGUAGCAAAUUCUGGAACUACUCAGCAGGUCAGGCAGCAUCUGUGGAGAGAAACAGAGUUGACUUUUCAGGUUGAGGAUUCUGUCCUGAUGAAGGUACAUCAUCGACCUGAGACAUUAACUCUUUCUCUUCACAGAUGCUGCUUGACGUGCCGAGUAUUUCCAGCAUUUUCUGUUUUUAUUCUGGCAUCCAUAUGUCUGCAGUGUGUGAGACAAAUAUGAUGGGAAAUGGCAUCCACUGACCUGUUAAUUUUUUGUCUGCUGCAGGGCUGUUCACUUUGAAUGCAAUAAAUCCUUUGUAUUGAGAAUCAAAACAUCAGCUGACCAUUGAUCAUGUGACCAGGCUUAGACUGUUGUUCUCUCUGUUGCCACGAUCAUAGCAUGGGCAAUGUGAUAGGAGUGUUAUCUGGAACUAGAACCAGCCACAGUGUGUUUAUAGAUUCCAAAUGUUUUAUUUUUAAUGCGCAACUCCUGGCAGAAAGUUUGUAGCCCAUUCAAUUGCUGAAUUAAAUUUUAAAUUAUCAAGUCUCAAGGCUGAAAGAAUUUCUCCCCCCCCCACUUCACCCCCUACCAGCCCUACCCAUAUACUGAUAGGCAAGAUAAAGCAGGAUGGGAGGAGGCUCAUGUGGAGUAGAGACUUGCUUGUCGAAUAGCCUGUUGCCAUCCUAUAAAUUCUCAUUAGAUUAUAAGAAAUAAGGUUCAAUAAGUUCUUGGCUGAUCUGGUUAUAACCUUAGGUCCACUUCCUUGCCUGUCCCCAGAACUCGCGACUCCCUUGUUGAUCAGAAAUCUGCCUAAUUUAGCCGUGAAUAUAUUCAGUGACCCAGCCUCUGCUGUUCUCUGUGGAAGAGAAUUCCAAAGACUAACCUUCUGAGAGAAAGAGAAAUUCCUCCUCAUCUCUGUCUUAAAUGCGAGAGCCUUUAUUUUUUCAACUGUAUCCCCAGUUCUAGAUUUCCCCUGCAAGGGGAAACAUCUUCUGAGCAUCUUCCCUAUUAAACCCCCUCAAUCUUUUACGUUUCAAUAAAAGCACCUCUCAUUCUUCUAAACUCCAAUGAGCAUAGAUCCAAUAUUUUCAACCUUUCCUCAUAAGAUUUUCCAGGAAUCAACCUAGUGAAUCUCCUCCGAACUGCUUCCAAUGUAAGUAUAUCCUUAAGUAAGGAGACCAAACUGUAUACAGUAUUCCAGGUGCAGUCUCACCAAUGGCCUGCACAGUUGUAGCAAACUUCACUACUUGUUUGCUCCAUCCACCUUGCAAUAAAUCCAUUUGCCUUUCUAAUUAUUUGCUGUACCUUCGUGCUAACUUCUUGUGAUUCAUGUACAAGGACACCCAGAUCCCUCUAUACCGCAGCAUUCUGCAGUCUCUCCCCAUUUAAAA